UCGACGCUUAAGCAGAAGGCAGAGAUAAUAAAGUAGCCUAGCUAGCCCUCAGAGUCAACCAUGUCUGGGGAAGAAGGGCGUGGUGAUGAGUAUACGCAGGAUGGGACUACAGACCUCAAAGGCAACCCAAUACUUAGAUCUGAGAGAGGUCGAUGGAAAGCUUGCUCCUUUAUCAUUGUGUAUGAUGUAUUUGAACGUAUGGCCUUCUACGGAAUAUCAUCGAAUCUGGUGAUAUACAUGACAAGGGAGCUACAUAAGGGCACGGUGGCCUCGUCCAACAGUGUCACCAACUGGGUGGGAACCACCUGGUUGAUACCCAUCUUGGGUGCCUACGUCGCUGAUGCACACCUUGGCCGUUACUGGACCUUCCUCAUCUCAUCCGCCAUUUAUCUCUUGGGAAUGGGCCUUCUAACACUGGCCGUUUCGCUCUCUUCACUGAAACCACCUCCUUGUAAUCAAAUAGACGUUACAAACUGUAAGAAGGCCUCAACAUCACAAAUGGCUGUGGUCUUUCUUGCACUGUAUGUACUUGCAGUGGGAACGGGUGGAACGAAGCCAAACAUCUCCACCAUUGGAGCAGACCAGUUUGAUGAUUUCGAUCCAAAGGAGAAGGCCCUUAAGCUCUCCUUCUUUAAUUGGUGGAUAUUUGGAAUAUACCUUGGCACACUCAUUGGAAGCACCUUCCUUGUGUACGUACAAGACAAUGUGGGCUGGGCCUUGGGCUAUGGGAUUCCAACGAUUGGGCUUGCAGUGUCCAUGAUAAUCUUCAUGGUGGGCACACCCUCCUAUAGGCACAGGGCGCCUACAGGGAGUCCUUUCACCAGGAUGGCCAGGGUCAUUGUUUUUGCCCUAUGGAAAUGGAGGGUGUCCAUUCCCAGUGACCCGAGUCAGCUCUACGAGCUUGACCACAAGGAAUACGAAGCAAAAGGGAAGUUCAGGAUUGAGCAUACAGCUUCACUGAGGUUCUUUGACAAGGCCGCUGUGCAAACGAGCUCAGACUCUCCAUGGAAGCUAUGUCCAGUGACCCAGGUAGAAGAGACCAAACAGAUGCUGCGUAUGAUCCCAAUAAUGGUAACAACAUUCGUUCCCAGUAUAAUGUUCGCUCAGAGCAUUACCCUUUUCGUCCAGCAAGGUGUAACUCUUGACAGACAUCUGGGGAACUUCCGAAUUCCUCCUGCAAGCUUGAAUGGAUUUAUAACGAUAUCCAUGCUCAUCUCCAUCGUUAUAUACGACCAGGUAUUCGUUAAGGUGAUCAGGAAGUGGACCAAGAAUCCGAGAGGAGUCACCCUCCUUCAAAGAAUGGGAGUUGGUCUUGCUCUCUACGUUGUGGUCAUGUUGGCUGCAUUUCUGACUGAGAGGAGGAGACUGAGGGUGGCCAGAGAUCAUGGGUUGGUAGAAAAUGGUGGAGUGCUUCCUCUCAGCAUACUCACCUUGCUCCCUCAGUUCGUGCUCAUGGGGGUGGCUGACGCAUUUCUAGCCAUAGCAACCACGGAGUUCUUCUACGACCAGGCGCCUGAGAACAUGAAGAGUUUGGGAUCUUCUUAUACCAUGACUAGCUUGGGGGUCGGAAACUUUCUUAGUACAUUUGUUCUCACGACUGUGUCUCAUGCCACCAAGAAGAAUGGCCACAGAGGAUGGAUUCUAAAUAACCUCAACGCCUCUCACUUGGACUACUACUACGCAUUCUUUACAGUAUUCAACUUCUUGAACUUCAUCCUCUUCCUUGUUGUGUCAAGGUUCUAUGUUUACAGAGCAGAGGUCUCAGAUUCAAUGCAAGUGCUUGAGAAGAAACUUCGAAUGUCAUCACGUAAGGCCACUGUCACUAACAGAGAGGAGUUAGGGAGAUAGAAUUGGAUCAAUUAAUACUGAUCAGUACUGGAUUUAGUGAGAACGUUGAAAUGAAUUUAAUUGGGAUUUUGAUAUAGCUAGAAGCUAUCUUCUAUCUGGAAAAAAAAAUGCUACUUCUGAGUUCCUAUUUGCAUAUCAAGCGAUGGAUCGGAUCAUUCUUGA